AUGGCUACGAAAACAGCUACCCCAAAGAUCCAAAAACCUAAAGUUAAUAACUUUGUAUUGGUCUUAGAGCAGUUUCUAGAAAAGCAUAAUCUGACAGCGGACUCCACCCCAGAACAAUUAAACAAACAUGCUUCCAAACUUGAUGCUCUACUUCCCGAUUGGAUGGCCCACAGGUGUGUUAAAGUCGCUCUUGCCAGAGGUACUGAUAACAGAUGCUCAUUUAGUGAAGAGCGGAUAGAGGCUCUCUUACCAGAUAAGAGAAAAGGAAAACUCACCAUAGAGGAAAGGGCAAAAUAUUGCGCUAAAAUCGGCGAUGCUAUGGACAUUUUCGCCCAUCAUUUAGAUUUAGGCCCAAAAAAUGAUUAUGAAAAUGAAAUAGUCGCCAGUGGUUCACGCCAGUCGCAAUUUCGUGUGAAAUUAGCAGAAGGCGGGGUAAGUCCUGAAAUUAUUAAUACCUAUGUCAAAGAUCCAAAACUUAUUCAAGAAGUGUUUAAAAGGAUUCAGAAUAUGGAUGUUUCUAAAAUUCUAUCUAAAGAAGAUCUCACGGAUAUAAUUGUGAUGUUGAGUAUGAGACCUGCAGAAGUAAGAUCUCUUCAAAUUAUUCACUAUGAACCAGAUCCUUUGAAUGCUCCAGUAUGGUAUAAAGAAGGCUAUUUAAAAAGUAGAGAAGAGAAGAAAAAAAAUUCUGAGCCCCGACCAUUUCUUUCCAUGGAGAAGAGCCCGGAACGCGCCAGAGAAUUACUUACCUGGAUCCAAAAUACAAUCAAGGCAAAAAAGUUGCGUGAUCCUGUUUUUACAGAAAAUGAAACACAUUAUGGAAGUAAACAUGCUUCCAGAAUUCAUGGUGGUGAUAAUUACGCUAUAGGCGAUACAGAAUUAGAAAAGUCUGACUCCAAACCAGAGACAAGCGACAGUUCAAAACCUCAAAUACAGGCUUCUUCGUCAUCUCAAACAAUAUAA